GCUUGUUUAAGCAAACAGUACACACACAAUCUCUCUCUCUUUCUCUUUCUCUCUCCUAUGGAGAACUCGCCGAGACACAGAGAUGCUCCAUCUCCUCGAUGCCACAACAACAGCAACACUGAAACCAACAAGCCACAACCCACAACUCCGACCCGAAACCUAACUCCAAGAUCCGAACCCGGAAACUCCUACCCGACAACUUUCGUCCAAGCCGAUACUUCCUCCUUCAAACAAGUCGUCCAGAUGCUAACCGGAUCCUCAGACAGACCCAAACACCACAACAACGGAUCCUCUCCUAAACCCGACCCGACUUCCCAAUUCUCAAUCCCACCAAUCAAAGCCGUCUCCAACAAGAAACACUCCUCUUCCUCUUCUUCUUCAGGGUUCCGUCUCUACGAGCGUCGUAACUCGAUGAACAACCUCAAAAUCAACCCGGUUAACCCGGCUUUCUCGACCCGGAAACCCGAGAUCCUCUCUCCAAGCAUCCUCGACUUCCCGUCUCUCGUACUCAGCCCCGUCACUCCUCUUAUACCCGACCCGUUUAACCGAACCGGGUCUUCUAACCAGAGCCCUGACGAGGCCGAAGAGAAGGCUAUGAAAGAGAAAGGGUUUUAUUUGCAUCCGUCUCCGGCGACGACUCCAAUGGAUCAAGAGCCUCGUCUUCUUCCUCUCUUUCCAGUGACUUCUCCUCGAGGUUCAGGUUCUUCUACAGCCUAAUUUUUUGUGUGUGAUCUUUAACUAUGUAUUAUUUAAUGGGAAUUAAAAUGAAUCCUGAUGAGAAUUAUUAUUUUACGAGGGAAAUUUGUAAUUCUGAGAUGAGAUGUUUUGCGAUUUGAAAAUUAUCGCCUUCGAUUGUUGUAUCUCUAAUAUAUUAUCUCUAUAUGGUUUUUGUUGAUUUUGAAUAUGCUCAUGUUUGGCUUGUUUUUACUUCGUUUUUGAUGAGUUUAUUCCUCCCAAAUGUACAAUUAAUGGGAAACAAGUCAUGAUUAAGAAAAUUUAAUGAGAUAAUAGAUGGAUACUAGUUGAAAAAUGUGCUCUGCG